UUAUCUAUCUGAUAAAAUUGAGUUUAAAGUGACAUUUAUAAAUGUAGAAAUGUUGAAAAUAUGGCUGAAAAUGAAACCCCCAUUUGUUUCUCUUAUGUCAGACGCCUCACAGCUCUCAGUCAGUCCCAGGGGUCCACUAAUGGACAGAUCCAGAACCAGUCCAAUGUUCCACUACGAUGGACCAGAACCAGCUGGACAACAUUGGCAGAAAACAGAACUGGACCCAGUUUGGUGAAGGGAAUCCCUCACGCCUGAGAAUGGUUUGUUCUCCCUGAUCCCGGGUCCAGGAUCCGGACCUGCAGCCGGUCCCACGGAGGAGAACCUGAUGAUAAAAGACGCCCAAUAAUAAAUGAGACGAGCUCAGAUGGAUAUGGAAACGGAAUCACGGAUAAAACUCAUCGGUUUCUGAUCGGCUGCUGACUGAACAGUCUUUGUCCUGGUCUUCUUCCCUGUCCUCGCUCAGCAGGCGUGUCCUGCCGUCUCAGAUUAUAAAUGAGUCCUUUGUUCCGCUCAGCGUCUAAACCGGGCCGUCGGACCUCACGCAAAAGAAGAAGAAUUUGCAUUGAAGCUUCUGCUGGUAGGAAACUUCUAUAUGUGGGAGCUUCUGUGAUUGGCUGCUUAGUUGUGACAUCACACAGAUGUGCGUGUCAAGAGAUGACGUACCACUACCUGCUGGAUGGCCAUGUGACCAGAGAGGCUACCUGGGCUACGGGCCUGUGGGCCUCCGGCUUCCUGGUUUUACUCGGAGCGAACGCCUUCAUCAAGCGCAGCAGAACCAGAGGCUUCAUUGCUUCCAGGACUCAGAUGUUUGGUCUGGCCCUGUACUCCUGCCUGGGGCUGCUGGCUGCCGCCGCCUGUUGUAUGGUCAGCACCACCGGUCUGGUUCAGGGUCCUCUGUGUCUCUACAACUCGUCCUCCGGUCUCACUUGGGGUGUCCCCCUGAAGCCCGUCCCCAACAGACACGCCGGGUACCUGUACAACCAGUCGAUGUGGUCGGGGAUCUGCUUGAAGCCGGAGUCGGUGGUGGAGUGGAACGUGGUUCUGUUCGGUAUGAUGGCGAUCUGCAGCGCCGCGCAGGUCGUCCUCUGCGGGAUGAACAUCCUGAACUCCCUGGUGGGUUUGGUUGUGGGCCAGGGGAUCCGGCCAUGACCAGGUCUCUCCAGAUUCAGAAUGAUGAAUCAGGGUCUUCACAGCAAACAACCUCAGACCCUUCAAAAUAAAAGCACAGAUGCACUUUA